AUGGAUUUCUUUGCCAGCGCCGCUCUUCUUUUGACUAUCCCCUGCUGCCUGUGGAAUACCGAAUCUCGAAAGGUUUAUUCCCUACUCACUGUGCCAAAUCCACGUUUCUGGGGUGAAUGGGGUCCAGAUUCAUUUUGCUCUUAUGGCUUUGCUCAUGGCUUCUCCCUGAAGGUGGAAGAAAAGCAAGGGGCAAAGGACGAUACAGCUUUGAAUGGAAUCCGCUUGUACUGUCCCAAUGGCACAACAAUUGAGUCUAAAGUUGGACCGUGGGGAACCUGGACCAGAAAACAACGCUGCCCUGGAGGCUUCCUGGUUUCUUUUUCCCUGAGAGUGGAACCAAUGCAACUAGCAGGUGAUGAUACAGCAGCUAACAACAUCCAGUUCACCUGCAGUGAUGGUACUGGACUGAUGGGCCGUGGCUUGAGCUGGGGUGAAUGGGGUCCAUGGAGCAAACACUGCCGGUUAGGUGGCAUUUGUGGGAUGAGAACAAAGGUGGAGGAUUAUCAGGGAGUUGGUGAUGACACAGCACUCAAUGAUGUGCAAUUUUUCUGCUGUUAAUGGUUGAUACAGGUUUCCUCACCUACAAAUAUACUUUUGUUAUACAUUCUC